AUGGGGAGACUCAUUCGAGAGUCGACACAAAUUCUAUUGGAUCACUACCACGUCAACGACACCGUCGAACACGCCAUGCAACACAAAAUCGACGCACUUGAAAAACUCUGGCCAACUGCAAAGCCUCUUCCAGGCGCUUUCCGCAUUUUGAAGUACUUGAAAAGUCACAACAUCCCCAUCGCUUUGGCUACUUCUACUACUCACGCCGUCUUUAAACAGAAGAUGGAGACUCAAAAGGAGUUGUUAUCGUAUUUCAGUGCUAUUGUUCUUGGUGACGAUGUCAAGAGAGCCAAACCAUUUCCUGACAUCUUUGUCGAAGCGGGAAAAGCACUUGGGUGUACUGACAUGGCAGAGGCCGUUGUCUUCGAAGACGCUGUUUUGGGCGUAGAGGCCGGACUUGCUUCUGGGGCGUUCACAAUAGCCAUCCCUGACUUCACUCAUGACAUCGAUGAAUACUUUUCUAAGGCAAAUCUGAUCCUCAAAUCACUCGACGAAUUUAAACCUGAAAUCCUUGGACUGCCACAAGACUAUUAA